GCCUCGCGCGUGGGGCGCUGAGUCGGGAGGCGCGGAGGGGCGCGGGGCCGCGGGGUGCCGCCCGCCCGCCACCUGCCGCACCAUGGGCAGCGCAGAGAACGCAGUCAAAGAAAAGCUGCUGUGGAACGUGAAAAAGGAGGUGAAGCAAAUCAUGGAGGAAGCCGUCACCAGGAAGUUUGUGCAUGAAGAUAGCAGCCACAUCAUUGCUCUGUGUGGUGCUGUGGAGGCUUGCCUCCUGCAUCAGCUAAGGCGCCGAGCCGCUGGCUUUCUGCGCAGUGACAAGAUGGCAGCCCUAUUCACCAAAGUGGGAAAGACAUGCCCCGUGGCUGAAGAUAUUUGCCACAAGGUGCAGGAGCUGCAGCAACAAGCAGAGGGCAGGAAACCACCAGGAAGCAGCCAAGAAGCCCUUCGAAAACAGGGCUCCACCACUGGAAAGGCCCCACCUCUCAGCCCACAGGCCUUGAAACACAUAUGGGUGCGCACGGCACUCGUGGAGAAAGUUUUGGACAGGGUUGUACAGUACCUGGCUGAAAACUGCAGCAAGUACUACGAGAAGGAGGCAUUAUUGGCAGACCCCGUGUUUGGCCCAAUCCUGGCAUGUCUCCUAGUGGGACCCUGUGCCUUGGAAUACACGAAGCUCAAGACAGCUGAUCACUACUGGACUGAUCCCUCUGCUGAUGAGCUAGUCCAGAGGCACCGUAUCCGGGGUCCCCCUAAUCGUCAGGACUCCCCAGCAAAGCGCCCUGCCCUGGGGAUCCGGAAGCGCCACUCCAGUGGCGGUGCUUCGGAAGACCGGCUAGCUGCCUGUGCCCGUGAGUACGUGGAAUCACUGCACCAGAACUCGAGAACACGGCUGCUCUAUGGCAAGAACAACGUGCUGGUGCAGCCGAAGGAAGACAUGGAGGCAGUCCCUGGCUACCUCUCCCUGCACCAGUCUGCAGAGAACCUAACCCUGAAGUGGACUCCCAACCAACUCAUGAACGGGACUCUCGGGGACUCUGAGCUAGAAAAGAGUGUGUACUGGGACUAUGCCUUGGUGGUGCCCUUCAGUCAGAUCGUCUGCAUCCACUGCCACCAGCAAAAGAGCGGCGGCACGCUUGUGCUGGUGAGCCAGGAUGGCAUCCAGAGACCGCCACUGCACUUCCCACAGGGAGGGCACCUGCUGUCCUUUCUGUCAUGUCUGGAGAAUGGGCUGCUGCCUCGUGGACAGCUUGAGCCCCCGCUGUGGACCCAGCAGGGAAAGGGCAAGGUUUUCCCCAAGCUACGGAAACGUAGCAGCAGACGUUCCGUUGACGUGGAGGAGCUGGGUGUCGGGCGGGCCACAGACUACGUGUUCCGAAUCAUCUACCCUGGACAUCGGCACGAGCACAUCACUAUUAACUACCACCACCUAGCGGCCAGCCGUGCGGCCUCGGUGGACGAUGAUGAGGAAGAGGAGGAUAAGCUACACGCGAUGCUCUCAAUGAUCUGCUCGCGGAACCUCACAGCUCCCAAUCCGAUGAAAGAUGCUGGCGACAUGAUUGAGAUGCAGGGGUUCGGACCCAGCCUGGCAGCCUGGCACCGAGAGCCCCUGUGUAGCCAGGGCUCCUCCUGCCUCUCCUGUUCCUCCAGGAGCUCCCCAUACGCAACCCCCAGUCACUGCAGCUGCACUCCCGACAGGUUGCCCCUCAGGCUGCUGUGUGAGAGCAUGAAGAGGCAGAUUGUGUCCCGGGCCUUCUAUGGCUGGCUGGCCUACUGUCGCCACCUCUCCACAGUGAGGACCCACCUGUCAGCACUGGUGCAUCACAACAUCAUCCCACCGGACAGGCCCCCGGGGGCCUCGGGGGGCCUUACCAAGGAUGUGUGGAGCAAGUACCAGAAGGACAAAAAGAACUACAAGGAGCUGGAGCUGCUGCGGCAGGUGUACUACGGAGGAGUGGAGCACGAGAUUCGCAAGGAGGUCUGGCCCUUCCUGCUCGGUCACUACAAGUUUGGCAUGAGCAAGAAGGAGAUGGAGCAGGUGGACGCAGCAGUGGCAGCGAGGUACCAGCAGGUGCUGGCAGAGUGGAAGGCCUGCGAGGUGGUGGUGAGGCAGCGGGAGCGGGAGGCUCAUCCGGCCACGCUCACCAAGUUCUCCUCAGGCAGCAGCAUCGACAGCCACGUGCAGCGCCUCGUGCACCGCGACUCCACCAUCAGCAAUGAUGUGUUUAUCUCUGUGGACGACCUAGAGCCCCCGGGGCCUCAGGACCCUGAAGAUCCCGAACCAAAGCAGGAACAGGAACCAGGAACCGGGAUUCCCGGCGCUGCCGCCGCAGAGCAGCAGUCAGUGGAAUUUGACUCUCCGGACUCUGGGCUGCCUUCCUCCCGCAACUACUCUGUGGCCUCAGGCAUACAGUCCAGCCUUGAUGAGGCCCAGAGUGUGGGCUUUGAGGAGGACGGUGGUGGAGAAGAAGGCUCCGAAGGGCCAGCCGCUGCGGCCCACACUUUCUCUGAACCCCACCAUCCAGGCGAGGAGCAGCCUGCACCUGCCAGUGAGCUUGAAGCAGGGGAGGAGCUGGCCGCUGUGUGCGCCGCAGCCUAUACUAUAGAAUUACUGGACACCGUGGCCUUAAAUCUGCACCGCAUAGACAAGGACGUGCAGAGGUGUGACCGCAACUACUGGUACUUCACGACCCCUAACCUGGAGCGGCUCCGAGACAUCAUGUGCAGCUACGUGUGGGAGCACCUGGAUGUGGGCUAUGUGCAGGGCAUGUGUGACCUCCUAGCACCUCUCCUGGUCAUCCUUGACAACGACCAGCUGGCCUACAGCUGCUUCAGCCACCUCAUGAAGAGGAUGAGCCAAAAUUUCCCCAACGGGGGUGCCAUGGACACCCACUUUGCCAGCAUGCGUUCCCUCAUCCAGAUCUUGGACUCAGAGCUAUUUGAGCUGAUGCAUCAAAAUGGAGACUACACCCACUUCUACUUCUGUUACCGCUGGUUCCUGCUGGAUUUUAAAAGAGAGCUGCUGUAUGAGGACGUGUUUGCAGUGUGGGAGGUGAUCUGGGCGGCCAGGCACAUCUCCUCGGAGCACUUUGUCCUGUUCCUCGCCCUGGCCCUGGUGGAGGCCUACAGGGAGGUCAUCCGAGACAACAGCAUGGACUUCACUGACAUCAUCAAGUUCUUCAAUGAGCGGGCUGAGCGCCAUGACGCCCAGGAGAUCCUGCGGAUUGCCCGGGACUUGGUCCACAAGGUGCAGAUGCUCAUGGACAACAAGUGAGGGCUGCAGCCGGGGGGAGGAGAGGCUGUCAGAGCGGAGAGCCCUGAGCUCCAGCAGGGAGAGGCAGAGGUCACCAGAGCCUAGAC